AUGCCACUGAUUAGCCAUCUACCAUCUGCUGGGCCGGGCGUGAGGAGAGCGGCUCAUUAUGGGUGGCCAUCGCUCUCCUCUCUGUCUCGGGCUCUUCUGCUGCUAUCAGGCAGCGCGGCGGGGCCCUUUGACCUGGUGGGAAGUGCGCCGCCCCAGAGGAAUUGGAAGGGCAUUGCAAUAGCUCUGCUGGUCAUCCUCAUCAUCUGCUCACUCAUCGUCACCUCCGUCAUCCUGCUGACCCCGCGUGAAGAUGACAGUCUUGCCCUUAAGAAGAAAGUGACAGUGGAAGACGUGUUUGGCCCAGACCUGAGGAUCCAUGACCCUAAGGCUAAAUGGCUGAGCGGCCGUGAAGUGCUGUAUCGCACAAGAGAUGGGGACGUUGUCAAGCUUCAUGUCGACAGCGGAGAGACGACCAUUGUGGUGCCCAGUCAGCUGUUUGACAGAUCCAGGGCCGUCAAGUACCAAGUGUCUCCAGACAUGCGACAUGUCCUGUUUGCAUUUGACGUUAAACCUAUCUACCAGUACUCCUUUCUGGCCAAGUACAUCAUCUACAGCCUUGACACGCAAGAAACUUGGCCCCUGAAUCCGUCGGAGGUGCAAGAUGCAGUCCUGCAGUACGCUGCAUGGGGCCCGCUGGACCAACAGCUGAUCUUCAUAUUUGAAAACAACAUCUACUACAGAGCCAGAUUAGACAAGUCCCCCAUCCGCCUAGUGUCUACUGGGAAAGAAAGAGAGGUGUUCAAUGGACUGGCAGAUUGGCUCUAUGAAGAGGAGAUCCUGCAGAGUCACGUAGCACACUGGUGGUCUCCUGACGGACUGCGCCUGGCCUACAUGACCAUCAACGACACGCAUGUCCCCAAAAUGGAGGUCCCAUUUUUUACCGGGACGCCGUACCCCAGCAGCUGGGAGUAUCAUUAUCCCAAGGCUGGGGAGCAGAACCCACUGGUGCAGCUGUCAGUGGUGAGCCUCAACGGGCCCCUGCACACGGUUCUGAUGAAGAAGCCGGAUGACCCUCGGAUCGGGCGCGAAUACUACAUCACCUCAGUUAAGUGGGCCACCAGCACCAAACUCGCCGUCAACUGGUUAAACAGAGGCCAGAAUAACUCCAUCCUGACUCUGUGUGAGGCCACCACAGGCGUCUGCAUCAAGAAACAUGAGGAUGAGAGUGAGAGCUGGCUGCAGAGACAGAAUGAAGCACCACUUUUUUCCCAAGACGGACACCGGUUCUUCUUCACCAGGGCCAUACCUCAGGGCGGCAGAGGGAAGUUUUUCCACAUCUCCAUGUCCACUUCUAUGCCCAACAGCAGCACAGACAUCCUUCAGUCUCUGACCUCUGGGGACUGGGACGUCACCAAAAUCCUGGCCUUCAACGACCAGAGGAACCUCAUAUAUUUUCUAAGCACAGAGGAUGACCCCAAAACCCGGCACUUAUACAGUGCGGACACUAUCCCUCCGUUCAACCGAUGCUGCUUGUCGUGUGAGUUCAAAUGUGGAUACGUGGACGUCUCCUUUAGCCACGACAUGAGCUACUUCUUACUCAACUGCAAAGGUCCGGAUAUACCGAGUGUGGCUAUUUAUAAGACCAGUGACAAGCAGAAGCUGUUGUACAUCGAGACCAACGACAAGCUGAACGUGACGUACCACAACAUGCAGAUGCCUCGUGUGGAGUACGACACCAUCACUAUUGACGACUACACCCUGACCAUGCAGAUCCUGAAACCAGCAACAUUUGUGGAGACGGCCCACUACCCCUUACUGCUGCUGGUAGAUGGCACCCCUGGUGGUCAGAUGGUCACAGAGCAGUUCCAGGUGGACUGGGCCACAGUUCUGGUGAGCACCUUCAGCACCAUCGUGAUCCGCUUCGAUGGACACGGCAGCGGCUUCCAGGGAACCAACCUCCUGCAUAAGGUCCGGCGCCGACUGGGAAAACUGGAGGAGCGGGACCAGCUGGAGGCUCUCAGGUUCAUAUCUAAAGAGCCGUACAUUGACAAGAGCCGGAUGGGAGUUUACGGAAGAGCUUAUGGUGGAUACUUGGCAACUCUUCUUCUAAGCUCAGCGGAUUUCACCCAGCUCAAAUGUGGAACAGCAGUCUCUCCCAUUACAGACUUUGAACUCUAUGCUUCUGCAUUUUCAGAAAGAUAUCUGGGCUCCAAGACAGAUUCCAGGGUUUACACGAUGGCAAAUUUAGCACACAGAGCGGGUCAGCUUGUGGAGAAGCAGUACCUGAUUGUUCACCCCACUGCUGACGAAAAGGUUCACUUUCAGCACACGGCAAAGUUUAUCAACCAUUUAAUCAACGAGAACGCCAAUUACACUCUACAGAUCUACCCUGAUGAGGGACAUUUUUUGCACAACGAUGGCACACAGCAGCACUUGAGCCAGUCACUGGUGAACUUCUUUGGGGAAUGUUUCCGUGUGCCGGACGUCCCUUCAGAGGAACAGCAGGAGGAGGACAGCUAA